GUGCAGAAAUGCAAACGAACGAGCGCCUGCUUCCUCAUCCUUCCCUUCUCUCUCAGAGGAGGAAGAGGGAAGAGCGGAGGGCGCCACCCCAAGUCAAGUCCAGACAGUUUGGGACUGCGGUGUGAAUGUCUGGAAGAGACUCCCGGGACUGAGCUUCCUCGAGCUUGCCGGGCACGCAGGUUCUCCUUUGACGAGCUUGACUCGCAGCGGGAUCCCGCAGUCUUCGUGCGGCGCAGGUGGUGCAAACGCCCCUGCUCUCUCGCGCCCCCUGCUGGCAAAAGGGAAGGCGGCGGCGGAGCCGCAGGGCACAGGGCAGGGACCGAGCGCCGGCUCUGGGAAGAAGAGAGCGUCCCUGAUGGUGCCGCGGCCUCCUCCGAGUCGGGGAGGAGCGGCCAGGGGGCAGCUGGGCAGGAGCCUGGGGCCGCUGCUGCUGCUCCUGGCGCUGGGACACACGUGGACCUACCGAGAGGAGCCCGAGGACCGCGACAGAGAAGUCUGUUCAGAAAACAAGAUCGCGACGACCAAAUACCCGUGUCUGAAGUCUUCAGGGGAGUUGACCACGUGCUUCAGGAAAAAAUGCUGCAAAGGAUAUAAAUUUGUUCUUGGACAAUGUAUCCCAGAAGAUUACGACAUUUGUGCCCAGGCUCCCUGUGAACAGCAGUGCACAGAUAACUUUGGCCGAGUGCUGUGUACAUGUUACCCAGGAUACAGAUAUGACCGGGAGAGACACCAGAAGCGGGAGAAGCCAUACUGCCUGGAUAUUGAUGAGUGUGCCACAAGCAACACAACACUAUGUGCACACAUCUGUGUCAACACCGUGGGCAGCUACCACUGUGAGUGCCGGGAAGGCUACGUCCUGGAGGAUAAUGGGAGGACCUGCACAAGGGGAGACAGACACCCCAACAACACUGGGCAUGAGGAGAAGUCUGAGAAUGCAAUGAGAGCAGGGACUUGCUGUGCCACAUGCAAGGAGUUCCACCAGAUGAAGCAGACGGUGCUGCAGCUGAAACAGAAGAUUGCUCUGCUUCCCAACAAUGCUGCUGAACUGGGCAAAUAUGCCAAUGGUGACAAGGUACUGGCUUCAAACACCUACCUUCCAGGACCUCCUGGCCUGCCUGGGGGGCAGGGCCCACCUGGCUCACCAGGACCCAAGGGGAGCCCUGGCUUUCCAGGUAUGCCAGGCCCUCCUGGACAGCCUGGCCCACGGGGUUCAAUGGGACCCAUGGGACCAUCCCCUGACCUGUCCCAUAUUAAGCAAGGCCGGAGGGGCCCUGUGGGCCCACCAGGGGCACCAGGAAGACAUGGCGCUAAGGGGGAGAGAGGAGCACCUGGGCCCCGAGGAUCUCCGGGACCCCCGGGUUCUUUCGACUUUCUGCUGCUGAUGCUGGCUGACAUCCGCAAUGACAUCAUAGAGCUGCAGGAGAAGGUGUUCGGGCACCGGACUCACUCUUCAACAGAGGAAUUCCCUCUACCUCAGGAAUUUUCCAGCUACCCAGAGAGUCUGGACUUUGGCUCUGGAGAUGAUUACCCGAGAAGAACUGAGGCCAGAGACUUGGGGGUCCCCAGAGCCUUUCAUCCAUAGCACAUCCCAUAUCUUCAUGCAACACAAGAAAAGUGUGUCUUCACAUGUAGCCAUAGCGUCUGAAGAGAAAAAAACCACUGGAGACCUAAGGAUGUGAUGGGUUAGCAUGCUAUUUACAUCCCGACUUUUCUUUUCUUUUUUUUUUUUUUUUUUUUUUCAGGAACUCGUGAAUUUCUGAGUUAAGUACUCCCAAAGCAUCUUAAGAUUGAAAAGUACCAAAAAGGGAGAAAUGGCAACGUGAGCUCUUGGAAAAUGUGAGGUCCCUUCUAAAAAUAAUUUUGCUCAAAAUAGAUUGUAUUCUUCAUCUG